AUUUAUUACAAUUUUACCCUUUUUCCAGUUCGGUUGUGGCUUCGAACGUGGUUAGACGUCCGUGUGUUUUAGGCUCGUAGCCUCGGGGCAGACUUGGGCAUGGUUAAACCAUGCUUGACAGUGAUUGAGUCAUUCGCUGACGAGCAAGUGUGGAAGAGCGCUGUGACUUGGGAGCUCGUGCGCACAGUGAAGCAGAGUGAUCAGCACGGUUCGGAUUGUUAUACGCCAAUCGAAUCCGCCAAGUAAAAACAAGGAAGAGCUGUAUCAGUGCAUUACGUGAACUUGGACGACCUCGUGGAAAUUACGCCCCUAAAAAGCUUCCACACACAUCGCUCAUCCGAGACGACCACUUCCUGCGGAUGCCGAACUGAUCGAUCGCUGUAGUCGCAUUCUCUAGUGAUACGGGCUGAAUCUCGGUACGUCGCGGGUAGUAUACGUAUCGGUUACGUGACGCCUUCGACACAGUAAUGCGCUCCAGCAACACUCCAGCGCGCACAGUGGGCAAGUGUGAAUGAUAAUUACGCGCGUUACGCGCAGCUAGCGAGCCGGCCUCACUACGAAAGAAAUAUGCUGGCCGAUGCUGGUGAAGGAAAUCAAAUUUUAAUCACCUUCGGCACUAAAGGCGAGCGUGCGCGUGCGGGCAGUGUGAGGCGAAAUCAGGUGUGAUUUAAACUAAGACCCGCAGUGUGACCGCCGUUGUUCGCCAUCGGCUGUGAAAAGUUAAUUUUGAAAUCAGUUUUCCACUUUUGCCAAGAAGCAAAGAGAGAGAAAGAGUGUGUGUGUGUGAGUGAGACACGACGAGGAGUUUCGUGGGUGCAAGAAACGAUUUUUCGGUGAUGGUGCAAGCCUUUUGAAGAACCUCUAAUCGAUCGUGAAACGAUCUUGCGCUUUUAAAAGGAAUCAGUGUAUAGCGACUUCAGGGUGUGUCUGAGUUCCUGAGCGUGCUGGCCAAAGUCAUUCCCAGUUGGCCUGUUUUACAAAGCAUAGUGAUCGAAGGGCUAGUAGACCAGCUUUCCAGGUGGAAUAUUCAAAACGGGACCGUGUUGGAGGUGUUGAUCGUUGUAUGUUAAUCUUGACACACCGACCAUAAACAGCUCACAGUUCCUCACAGCCAGAUUAAAGUGGGCAUCGGCUCUGAACAAUGUCGGCAGCCGUGGGUUAUAACACCUUAGGCUUCGAACCGAUGCGGCACGAUUGAUCAGCAAUAGUGUCACACAGUGAUCGUACCAAGGGAGCAAGGGAGGUUAACGACACACCAAACCCCCCGCAAUGUCCACGUGCGCAAAGUCUGCAUGGCGUAAUCUACCUCACCGAAGCGGAAGGACUUAAUUGAAGAGCUUACGUAUUCUUUCCGUCCGUCCGCUCGCGGGGCUCUCUCGCCCGACGCUGUGCCGUCCGAUCGCGUACGGACUUCGGGGAUCGAUCAGCCUCGCACAAUAGCCACCCCGCCCAGACACCCUUAGCUUCCGGUGGUCUACGGAGUCGGCCACGACGGUUGAUUGAAGCAUAAUGAGUGUUGAGUGAAGUGUGUUUGCGUGAUUUGUAGCGUGCCACCGGGGUUUUGCUGUCAGCGCUACAUAAUCCUGGGCAAAGAAUUAGAAGUACUGAGUGAAGAAUUUCUGCCUGCUCGUGUGCAUGUGCAGAGCGUGUAGGUGCGUCGCGGUAUGGUAUGGUCAGCAUCAAAUGUCAAUUAGUUUUCGCCUCAGCACACCAUAACUAACCGGCCCAAAAAGGGAAGGAAAAACCUGCCCCUCCAUGUUCUACGGUUCAGUGACGAGUUUACGAUUCCGCUACGUGCUGUGUGUGUGUGUGUGUGAUCCUAGAAUGCUCAUGCGUGACGUGUGAAUCAAAAGCCAAACCACCAAACAAAGCUCCGAAACCAUAACGCAGCAUCGUGGUUUUCCCUUGUUUUUGUGAGUGUGUUUGUGUCUGGGCUCGCAGAACGAAAGUGAACGUAACGAGAUACAUCCGAUCCGGGCUCGGAUGUCGUUGGUGACGGUACCUUAAGUUGCAAGUGUCAGUGUUUCCCAGACUCCUGGGGGGAGCAUCGUUCACACUGUGGCAGACGUCAGAACGUUCAACCUGCCGCUAAUUGGAUUCUGUGUGAGCGGACUUCUGAGCCAGCGGUCUCUGGAGGUCCUCUUGAGUGACGGUUCGCAACGGAUGUGUGCCUUUUUCGAUCGCACAACACAGCAGAUCUCAUAAACAACGCCCCGAUCAUAACGCAAACCCUCGAGCCAGCCUCAUGCAAUACCUGUCGGCGGCGUCCGGCAGUCCGGUUACCGCCACCGGUAAGGUCGAGAAACUGCACAAAUCAAUCCGGUGGCUUGUGGUAGAGCGCAUGCUCCAGCUCUGAACCGGUGUUCUCUUCCCGGCGUAGCCGAACCCACUGCUUAGGGUUCGACCCACCACCCCGAGAUGAUUUGUACGGACGACUGCACCUGCAGCCUGUGCAGAGAACUGCGUGGAUACAAGCUGAAAGUGAAACCGACCAAAGCGACCGAUCAGCGCCCGUACGCAGAUGCCGGAAGUCACCAGCAGCAGCAGCAGCAGCAGUCGAAGUAUUGCAAGAACUCCAAACUAACGCGUAACGAUAACUUCAUCCUCCGACGACGCACCUCCAACGAGUACCAACGAUCGCCGGACGGACGGCAGGGAUCUUUGAGCGUGCUGCCAACGGGUGACGACUGUACGUACGAUCCCGAUCCUGGGUACGCCCAACCAUCCCAGCCACAGCAGCAAGCCCACCGGGACUCUCGCUACGGCCAGAUGCAAAGCAAUCGGAUGAAGAAGGCCCAAAGCUACAAUGAAAUACCGAGCGUAGGUAACGGUGCUGGCCGUGCCCGGUAUCACCCGGCCGCACUAGCCUCCAAGAUGAUCAAGAGCACUAACAACCUGACGGAAGAGGAUGAUUACUACAGCUAUCUACCACCGUCACCGCCACCACCGGUCACCGGCGGUGGCCCUGCGAUGAAGAACAAAAUCGAAAAGCAGAAAGAUCACAAAGUGAUCAUCUACUUCGGUGACUCGAUCGCGCACCGGAAAAGCGACAAGACACGUCCAGCACCGCCGCCACCUUCGGGCACUCCGCCACCACCGAAGGUGCACGAGCUGAACGUUUUCCACGCGCAGCGACUGUGCGAAGAAACGGCAGAAAUGUUGCAACAGCGCGAAGGUGGAAGCAGCAGUGCCGGAAGUAGCCAUUGUGGUGGCAUCGCAACCCGCCCGACCGUGCGGGACGCGCUGGAGAAGAAGGCUGAGCCUGCGAAUGGUAAACCCGGCAAGGAGUUCAUGCUGCAGCUUAAGUCCGUGCUGGAGGAGAAGAAUCGUGGCGGUGGUACCGCGUCCAGCGAAUCGCAACCAUCGUCGAGCGGCGUAACAGUGCCGAUCGGUGCAGUGGUGGAGUCCCCUGCCAUUGGGCCGGAGGAACCGCGACGUCCGAGCUUAGAGCCAAAGCCCAAGCGACCGCACACGCAGGUGGUGGAGAUACGGCGCGUCGAUAAGACGGUGGCAACCGAUGAGGCAACGGACACUUCGCUGCCGUCAUUUGUCGAGAGCGUCAUUAACGGUGUCAUCAACAUCAAGAUCGAGGAAAGCUUCAAGGUUGCCACGGAUAUUGUGCAGGCCGUGUUUGAGGAUCCGGGACCGGACGGUGGUACCGAGUACGGGUACGACGAUGACGAUGUGGGCGAUCCAUUCGACUGGAGCUUCGUGCAGAACUGGAGAGCACGACCUUCCGGUACGAACGGGCAGGUAAGCUCGCCGCCUAACACGUCCAGCAACCAGAGCAGCAUCGGUCUCGCCAACAACCCGACCCACAAUGGGUCCAGCGCCGUCAGUGGCGGAGGCAGCGGAAGCAACUACCCGGCCAGUCCGAACGGACUCUCGCCUGGGAACCAUUACAUAGCAUCGUCGAAUCCGGUUGCGUCCCCGGGUGCACGCAUCCAGAGUCCAGCAAUCGCAACGCCGGCACCGAGAGUUUCCAAGGAAAUCGCACUCCGUCCAGCCAAUGGGAACGGAGAUAUGCGUAACUUUAGCUUAUCGCCAGUCAACCAACAGGCGGGUGCUGGGGGACAGCAAAGCACGGAAAGCAACCAACAGAACUCCCAGCCGAACGAUAACAGCAGAAAGUUCCACCAGCUUUCCGGACAGCAGGGUGCUGCUGGGGGACAACACACGCAACAGCAUCAGCUUGUGCACCAUCAGCAUCAUUCACAGCAGCAAUCGCAACAUCAACAGCAUCUCCAACAGCAGCAGCAGCAGCAGCAACACCAUCUACAGCAAUCCGGACCACACCGUUCCGUGUCCGGCCCGACAAAGCUUACCGUGCAAAGCUCGCCGGUAAAGGCUCAACCGGCAAUGGUAAGCGCAGGACUGGAUAAAUCACCGGUCAGUUCCUCCGGUAACGGUGGCUCGGCUGCUAACGACCCGAACAGCAAACGCACCGUCAACGGAAACGUAAUCAGUAGCGUUACCACGAUCAACGAGCAGCUCAACUCGGCCAGCAAUAGCUCGAGCAGCGGUAGCAGUAGUGUAAGCCACCUGAAGCAACACUUCUCCCAGAGUCAUCAUGCGGUACCGACGUCGUACCACCAUCAGGGAGCUUCUUCCAGCACGCCGAACGGUGUUGGUGGUGGACCUGGAGCAGCACAACAGUCCGGUGCCCAUCUGGCCAGCCCCGUGUCGAAAGGUGCACCACCGCUCGGCAUUACCCGAACGCAUCAUCACACCGGAACGCACGAUUUUCGUGGUCUACAGCGUGUCAACGAAUGUCACAGCUCUUCGGAUGAGAACCGAUCGUCCGGGCAUGCUAGCAUGUCGGACACCGGGCACGGCAGUAGCUCACCCGGUGGAGGUAAUCGUACCGGCGGCCCACUAGGACCACUGCCCGAGGAUCGUCUAGCGGCCGGUGUUACCAAUCGGAGUGCACGUUCGCGAGCUAGCUCGAACCAUUCGCGCUCGAGACACAGGGCCACACCGGCCAAAAUCCCGUGGGCGGGCGGUGGACUCGAGGACAUCAAGAUGGCCAUCCAGCAGCUUACGAUGCGCUCGCAUACGUCCACCUCGACGUACAGCAGCCUGAGUGCGGGUUCGGAAAGCUCAGAGCCGGUACGGCGCCUCGGCCGGUAUAGUUCGCUCGAGACGGUCAACACGAACGUGACCAGCGCGGAUGAGUUCGUGUGGGUUGAUUCGCACAAUCGGCUGGUGGAACUGCAACAUCCACCCUGGAGUCAGCACUGUGUACUGCGCGUCAUCCGGACCGGCCGUUGUCGGGAGUACGCUGAGCGUGUAUCGGUGGAAGCUGUCCCACGGUUAGGGUACCUGCUACAGCGUGCCUUGGUGCGUGUGGCCCGCGAAGUACAACGACUGUCGGGAAGCUUAGGCCUUUGCUCCAAGCAUGAGGUGGCCGGUGCGUUUAAGAUCGUUCUUUCGCCUGCUUUGUCGGAUUCCUGCAUCAAGGCGUGUUUGAGGGCCGCGGCCAUGUUUGCGGUGCCGGGCGAUAGUGCGCUGAAGCAGAGCAAAUCGGCACGUGCUGGAUUGCAGUUGCCGGUAGGGCGAUUCCAUCGCUGGAUGGCCGAUGCACGGUUGGGACGCUUCGUGCACGAGUACGCUGCGGUGUAUCUGUGUGCCGGGUUGGAAAAUCUACUCGAAGAGAUAUUCCUCCAGUGUCUGCCGACCGAUCCCGGGGCGGCAUUGACAGCGACCGGACUGGAGCAUGCCAUUGCCGGGUCGGGAGACCUUUGGGGACUGUUACAACCGUACGCUCAUCUGAACGCGGGACGAGUUGCAUCCGGUGCGCUCACGAUGCCCCGCUGGGCUAGCCAGUCAUCGAUCAACUCGGGUGCCGUUGGUUCUAGCGCUCUUGAGCCGUGCCUGCUGACGACCUGUGUGGGAAGCUUGAACGAGUUAAAGGAUCUGGUCGGACGGGCGCAGCAACGCAGUCAGCACAUUCCCAUCUCACAGACGGCGUUCCGCGUGCUGUUCUACUUUAUGCGAUGCUCCCAGCUCGAGCACAACGAUGUCGGUGCGGCCACAAACGGUGCGGUCAACAACAUACAGGAACUGUGCUACGAGCGGGCGUACGUUGUGUUGCCACCGUUGGUCGAAUGGCUUCGGGUGUCGUCCGCUCAUGCCGAGUACCGGCAUGCACUGCUUAUCGAUAAGGAUGACAUAAUGCAGGCCGCCCGGUUACUGCUGCCCGGUGUCGACUGUCCACCCCGGUUGAUCGCAUCGGAGGAAGAGCUACCGUCCAAGAGGACUGCACUUUCGGGCACGCAUAGCAUCAGCUCGUCGAACCAUUCCGGACAGACGCAACCGCUGCAUGGUUCGCUCACGUCGAACUCGUCCACGUCCACGACGGGAAGCAUUGAGGAUUCGAGCGAAUGUGGACGGCGCGCAACGUAUGCCUUGGCCUUCCGGCUAAUGCUAACCGGGCGCCCAGAGCUGCUGAUCCAAGCACUCUCCCUCGUACCACCGACGACACGCUACGACACACUGAACCAUCAAGGAAUGACCGCGCUCAUGAUAGCUGCCGUGCGCAACGAUGAAACGGCACUGCAAACGCUGCUGGAUGCCGGAGCCGAUCCAAACAUCGAAGUGCCCGCCUCCGGCCAUCCCAACUGUCCGGCGAUCCAUCCGGAAACGCAACACUGGACCGCCAUCACGUUUGCGGCAUGUAAGGGCAACUAUCAAGCAUUACGCAUCCUGCUCGAUCGUGGUGCCCAUGUCGAAGGUGGCGCACGGCUCAGCGAAGACAAGUGUACGCUAACGCCGCUACAGGUAGCGAGCGGUUCGGGUAUUGUGGAGGUUGUGGCCCUGCUGCUUGCCCACGGUGCCCAUGCUUUCCUCUCGACACAGCAGAAGGAUCUGCUGUGCUUCUCGGGCACAGCACAGCGAGGAUGCUACAGUGCUAUCUCGGUGUCGGCCGCCCAUGGACAGCGUGUAACGUUGAGGAAGCUUUUGUCCCACCCGUUGGCACCGGGCAGCAGGGAGGUGUUAUCGCUCGAGGAGAUGCUUGCGGAAGGCGACGGUGGAAACACACGGACCCAGCUCGACCGUCAGCCGGAGGCCCCACCAACACUGAACAAAACCCAAAUCAAAAGUCUUCAAGAGGCCAUGUAUCAUAGUGCUGAAAAUAAUCAUUUAGAUAUUACCAUCGAGCUGAGAGCGCUAGGUGUACCGUGGACACUGCACUGCUGGAUGCACGCACUGGCAGCGGCUCACGAGCUGCGCCUCGAUGCUGUCAUCGAUCAGCUGCUGCAAGAUUUUCUGCAAGUCUGUCCCGACGACUACAGCCAGCAGUUUGUGACCGAAUGUUUACCAUUGUUGUUUAACAUUUUCCGCUACAGCAAGAAGGAAGGCACUACGCUGCUGUUGGCCGACAUCUUCAGCACCUGUUUCGGCUGGGAACCGAUCAAACCGAUCAAGGAGCCCGUCCUGCAGCCCUCGAACGGAUCGCGCAUCGAUCCCAAGUUCGUAAACAACCCAGAACUGAGCGAUGUCACAUUCCGAGUGGAAAAUCGCAUCUUUUACGGGCACAAAAUCGUUCUCGUCACCGCAUCUCCGCGUCUGCAGAGUAUGUUGAGCUCGAAGCUGAACGAAGGCACCGGCACACCGACCGUGCAGAUCAACGACAUUCGGUACCAUAUAUUCGAGUUGGUGAUGCAGUUCCUGUACAGUGGAGGAUGCAGUGCCCUCGAUGUUGCAGCCGGCGAUGUGCUGGAGUUGAUGGCAGCGGCCAGUUUCUUCCAGCUGGAAGGUCUUUUGCGGUACACCGAAGCACGUUGCGCAGAGAUGAUCGACAUCGACAAUGUCGUCGCCAUGUACAUACACGCGAAGGUCUAUAAUGCGCAAAAGCUGAUGGAAUACUGUCAGGGAUUCUUGCUGCAGAACAUGGUCGCACUGCUGACUUAUGACGAUUCGGUAAAGCGAUUGCUGUUUGCGAAGAAAAUCCCCAACCAUGACGUGCUGACCGGUUUGCUGACCACGCUGCAGGCUCGCAUUAAGGCACGUCGUAACAGUAGCUCUGCGUCCGCGACCGGCGCCGGCAGCAAUAGUGUCGCCCCGGUAAACGGUCCUACCACACCCAAUGCAGGGCAAGCUAAUCGCCCGUCCGCCAACGGGAAGUCCUCGAAGUAGACGCGUACACUGUAGUGCACCAUUGUUUGUUUUACUUUUUUUUGUGUAACAUGUAAUCUUACUAUUCAUCACCAACAUCAGCACGAUCGGGUUCGGCUCCUAAUCCUCCCGAGCCAAGCCAUUGCACUGAUACGAGCAGCAACAAAUAUAGAAUAUACCUUAUACCUUAGCUCCAAACAGUACCACGAUGUUAGAGGCGCCUGUUAUUUUGGAGCAACCGCCUGGGAGUGGCGAUGUUUGUAAUCGUAACAUAACGUGUACAUUACUAUGCUAUAUACGAUAGUUAGAAUACUACUCUACGCGCAAAGGAUAGCUUAUCUACGUCCUACGGCAACGAAACUGACACGGAUGACAAAGCAAUAGUAAUACUGUACUACUUUACGGGAAAUAUACAUAAAGCUAAACACACCUA